AUGCCGCCGAAACAAACACAGAAGAAAGCCAAUCCAAAGGUUUCAAACUCCUCUAACAAAAUAAUGAGCAAUAACAACGCCGCCAAUGGCCAGGCCAUCCCGCAACAUGAGAUCAAACAAAACUCUGGUGUCUCUGCCACCAUGGCAUUGCAAGCGACACAAAAGGCAUGGGAACUGCGACAAGCAGCCAUGGCCGCUGGUGACGCUGAUGCACGCGAAGCAACACUCGCAAAGGCCAUUGACAAGGAAAUCGAAGCCGAGUCCUUUGGCAAAGCUGCAAAGUACACACAAACUGGUGCUUUCCAAGGCCUCGCCGCCGGCGCAGGUCUAGGAGUCCAACCCGGUGUCACGAUCGGAAAAGUCACAGGAGCCAUUGUCGGCGGCACCGUCUCGACAGUCACUGGUCUGCUCGGCGCUGGCGUCGGCUCUGUCUACGGUGCCAUGCACGGCAAGAUAUGGGACUUGGGAGAAAUGGCAAGUCAUGGUGUGCAAGGCGUGGUUGGUGAUUUCCUCCCAGACUGGAAGUCGACGCCGGCGCAAAAGAAGGCUUUGGAUAAGAUGGUCAUGCAGACAAAGGAGACGCAAGCACCCAGCAAAGAAGAGUUGGAGCAGAUGAAGAACGAUAUGCCCGAUCGAGCUCCAUCGUCUUGGUCGCAGUCAGCAAAGGACAUGACUAGCUACUUGCCUGGCAUGCCUUCGAUGCCGUCGAUGCCCAACAUGCCAUCAAUGGGCCAAGCAGGUGCUGCUGUCGGUCUAGGCGGCCUGGGAGCAUCCCUUGGCAUGGGAGGUGGAGGAGACAACAAGCAGCAAGCUCCCCAACAAGCAAAGAAACGCACGGCGAAACCGCAACCCGCCGCUAGCAAACCUGCUGCUCCCCAAACUACAAACGCACCCGAGAAGAAGAAGCCAAGGAAAUUGAAUGCUGGAGCAAAGAGCAACGGUGCACCGUCAAAGCCAGCAGCGGCUCCGGCAGCACCUGCGAAGAAAGCACCAAGAAAAUUGGAGACGAGGAAGCCCACUGCUACUGCUGCUUAG